CUGCUCAAAGACAGAAGUAAAAGCAUCAGUAAAACACUUGUGUGCAAAAGGAGAGAAUAGCUUAUAAACUGUGUUGAGAGCAGAUGUGUGGUUGACAGAAUGCACUUUAUCACACUGAAGAACAUGUUUCACACAAUCUAAAGCAGCACUUCUUCAUAAUGCACAGACAUAUAGUGCAGAUCUAGAAGAAUUUCAACACUCAGAUCAGAGGAAGUUAAAACCACACGAGGAGCUGAGAGUAUUUAAAGAAAGAGUUGAGAGCAAAUCAUGAAGAGAAAGAGAAAAUGUCUGAGUGUCAUCUGUGUCUGCUGGGACUGAUCGCUCUCUCUUCACUUCUCACAGGUAUCAGCGGAGAGAAUGAGACUCAUGUGUUCAUCAGAUCUGGUAAAAAUGUCCGUCUGCCCUGUAAUAAUGCUCUUCAUAACUGCAACUCAACUACAUGGCUUUAUAAUGGAUUCAAUCAUUCAGCAGCAGUUGAACUGAUUAAUUUAGGGAUAAAGAAGGAAGACAUCAAGAGACAAGAGAGACUGAGUCUGGGGUCCGACUGCUCUCUGAACAUCACAAACAUCUCAACAGAAGAUUAUGGACUCUACAUCUGCCAACAAUGGAUUGGUGAGAAAAGAGACCAAAAACAAGGAAAUGAUACACGUGUUUAUCUGCAUGUUCUUCAUGUCUCAUCCUCACAGACUCAGAUCAGUUCAGAUCUCUCUGUGACUCUCUCCUGUCGGCUGUAUUCAUAUCCUCGAGUCUCUUGUGAUUAUUCGGGUCGUUCUGAGAGAAUUAAUCUGUUCUGGGUGAAUCAGGCUGCUAUUAAACUGAAUAUAUCAGACUCCAGAUAUCAGAGAUCAUCCUCAUCAGAUCCCUGUUUCAUCUCUCUGACUACAACACUCCUGAAUGAAGAUCACAACAGAGAGUGGAGAUGUAAUGUUACUCAGAAAGAUCAAGUCAAGACCUCAGUCACAUUCACUGUCAAGAGAACAGCUCCAGAUAAACCAGCGACAGCAGUCCCAGACUCUCUGGAAACUACAGCUCCGGCUAAAACAACGACAGCAGUCAUAAACUCUACAGCAGGCCCAGACUCUCAGGAUCUCUCGACUACAAACACACAGAAAACUACAGCUCCAGGUGAAACAACGACAGCAGUCAUAAACUCUCAGGAUACUACAGCGAUCCUGAUUUCUGCUGUCGCUGCGGCCGCUGUUUUCCUGACUGCUGUUCUCUGGCUGAUCUGCAGAAAAAGAGCUGGUAAUAAAAGAGGGACUGGUGAAUCUGUGGUCAAAGAUGAGAAUGAAGAUAAAGUGACGUAUGAGACGAUCAACAUGUCGACUCCUGCUGCUGCGAGAGACAAUGAGCAGACAGAUGAUGUGACGUACUCUGAAGUCUCUUCUUCCAGUAAAAAGCCAGUCAAAUCAGUCAAAGAUCAAGAUGAUUCAGUGACUUACGCUGCCAUCAGAGGAACACAAAAUGAGCCGCUGGGUCAACUUUACGCCUCUGUGAACAAGAACAAAUAAAGAUUCAUGAUACAGAUCAGUGCAUGAGCUCCUCACAUCAGCAGCAGAUUGAUGAGAUUCAUCAUAUAUGUGGAAGAGUUAUAUGAAACGUAUCUCAAACAUAUCUCGUGUUCCUGUAGCUCAACUGGUAGAGCACUGCGCUAUCAAGCAAGCAAGUGCAAGGUUGGGGGUUCGAUUCCCCGGGAACACAUGAUAUGUAAAAAUUGAUAGCCUGAAUGCACUGUAAGUCACUUUGGAUAAAAGCGUCUGCUAAAUGCAUAAAUUUAAUUUAAUUUAAUCUCAGAUAUUUCAACCAAAUACAGUUGAAACUACUCUUCCUUUCAUCAUGUAAAGACUGUUUCUUGCAGACAGUAGUGAGAGAUUACAUCAGUGUCUGUGUAAAUUAUAUUCUAUAUGUCACAAAAUUAAAUAGCAGUUAUUUCUCUUUUCCACGAGUGACCAUAAAGAGUCAUGAGUUUAAAUAAAAGUGUCUUCUGUUCCAGUCAGAAAGCUGAUGUUUAUUGACUGUAUUAGAAGAUGAGGAUGAUUGAAAUGACGUUUGAUUGUGUCACGUUCACAUUCUCCCGUCGAAACACCACAACAUCCAGAAAUCAGAAUUUAUAUUUUCAUCAGUUCUUGUUCUCUUGGUUUCGUGUCUCUCCUCACUGAAUGUGGUUGGUUUGUCUUCAUUAGUCUACAUCAGUGGUUCCCAACCUUUUUCAACUCGCGGCCCACACAACCAAACACAUAUGUUUGCGCGGCCCACUUCAAAAAAAUUAACUGACCCCGCUAUUGUUGGGUUAAUAACUUAGUUCUCAGAAGCUAGAUUUUAAACUAUAUUUAUUGAAUAAUCUAGGGCUGUGCGAUAUGAACAAAAAAAAAAAAAAAACUAUCGCGAUUUUUUUGAUCAAUUUUGCAAUUGUGCUUUUACAGUCAUAAAUGCAUUCAGGAUUAAUUUGAAACAUAUUUCCAAAAGAAUCCAAUCAGAGCUUUAUCAAAAAGUUGUAACAUCUCUAGAACAGACAUAAGUCAAAAUUAUCACUAUAGUGAAGAUGUAAAAAAAUGUAUAGACUUGUGGCAAAAAAAAAAAAAAAAAAAAUCCUGUAUACAGGGACUUUUUUUUUCUUUUUUGCCAUGCAUUGUUCAUAGAGCUCAUUAAUUGUAGCGGUGCCUCAGGUGUUUGCAGUGUGUAUACAGUAUGUGUAUGCGGUCAGCAGUGAGAGCGCAUAAAUAUAACGCGGAAGCACAUUAAAAUAUUGCACGAGUGCGAAUCUCUCUGUUCGCAGCAGAUUUCCUUUGCUGUGGCCGCGGACCACAGGUUGAAAACCACUGGUCUACAUGUUAGUUUAAAUCUUCAUUUGCGUGUGUUAUUCUCAUGAUAAUGUGUUCAGAUAAAUAAAAAAGCCCCAUUAAGAA